AUGGAGCUCAACAGCGGUGCGGGACCGCCUGUCGGGGCAGUCGCCUGUCCCGUUUGUACCUUGUACCUGCGCGAGGGUAUUAGUUUGCAGAAGCAUCUGGAUACCCAUCCCAAGGAACAAGUUAUAGAUGCUCUCAUCAAGGCUAGCGCCUCCUCGACUCAGUCGCACCAGCAGCAGCAGCAACAACAACAACAACAACAGCAGCAAGCUACCCCGGCGACAUCAGUACCUGUAUCGCUGCAACCGCAAGCUUCACAGCAAACCCCUACCUCUGUUCAGACGCCUCAAGCGUCACCCCAAGUCUCACAGAAUUCCGCGCACAUUUCCUCCUCUCAUUCGCCGUAUCCCAUAGGACCCAUCUUCGAAUGUCCGCCUAUAAGUACCAUGAUGCCGCCACAGUUCACCUCGUUCAGCUAUCAACAAUUUGUCAACAAUGGGACCAUGAUGAUACCGCAGUAUGCGAUGGCACCGCAGGCCAAUCAGAUGAUGCAGAUGCUGUACAAUCCGUACGGUAUGUACCAACAGCAACAAAUACCCACCGUCCAAAUGAUCUCACCGGUUGCAGCUAUCCCGGGCGCCGCGAGGAUUCGACCAGUGGUCACCAUGGCCGGGGAGAACAAUGUCAGAACCGCCCUGGCAAUUCCUGUAAAUAGUCCCGAGCCCAAGCAGAUCCUGCCUGAGAUUUUGCCCGAUACCGAGCCUGAAUCCGGGCAAGUUAUGCCGGAUGUGAACCUUCCAGCCUCGCCUGUACUGCAGAACGAGGACGCGUCCGUCAGACAGGAGGAGAGCGACAACAAUGCGUUGCCAAUCGAUCACAGAGGACAGCCGAUGCAGAGUACCGCAUCGCCUGGUGAAGGUACAGUUCAGCACGGGUAUAACGCUAUUCCUAGAUCCAUCACAAUCGCUUGCGCCAUAAAUACCAAUGACGAUAAAGUGGAGAGUGUACUGCCGGACAUGGAGGACGAGGAGCCAUCGAAUAACAUUUCCACCGUGGACUUGCAGUGUAAAUCUGUAACAUACGAACAAUCUGAAACACAACAGUUUACGCAACAGGUUAUGCAAGAAGGGUACGUGAGUAUAUCCAAUAGGAAAACUAACGCAACGAAUGAUGUUGACUCUAUGACAUGUGAACGCGAAUCGGAAAUGAUGAGCGACGAAAGACCGGCAAGCCGCAACAGCAGUGUCAGUGUCAGCAAUAACGUUCCAUCGCCGCGGAAUUCAAUAACGAUUCCAGACGCAUUGAAAGACUCUAUUCAACCUGAACUUAAUUCGGUGGAAAAGCUAGAGAAUUUGAUAAGCAUAAUGGAAACGGAGCUUAAUAGCGCUUCGCUUCAAACAGAAAAUAGUUCAUCAAAUGAUCGGGAUAGAUUAAUAGAUACGAGAGAGAAAUCUGAUAGGGAGGAGACCGUGAUUCACGAUACCGUAGUGACAAUUCUAGGCCCUCACGACAAGGAUCACAUAUUGCCUGAUAUAGAAGAAGCUAACAAUACAUGGUGCCCGAACGAUUAUGUAGAUAACGAACUGAGAACGCUAGAAAAAACUUGUCGGUAUUUGUCAUACAAUACAGAGUGCCCGAAAAUAGAUGACGGUUUGAAAAUGUUAGAGAAAAAUUUGUAUAAGUAUAAGUAUAGUUUUUCAGCACCCCCGUCUCCUGUCACGAGGAAGAAGUGCCGCAAGACCGUGGCGCGUCGUUACAGCGCGCGAUCGGAGCUCGGAUCAUGCGAAAAUCUCAGCCCGUAUCAUCAUCGUGGUGGCUUUGACGACGCGGCGGCCAUGCAGGACGAGGACGAAGACGAGGACGACGACGACGAUGUGGAUAUCGACGAGGACGAGAAGAUCGAUGAGGAGGAUAAUUUCGACGAGGCGGACAUGGAGAUCGAGGAGAUUCCCAGUCCGCAUACGCCUUUCGCGGAAUGCGGCUUCAGAUCGCACACACCAUUGUCCACGAUUAGCGGUAUUUCCGUGUUAAGAGUUAGGAAAGAUCUCAGCAAACCAUGUUCACCCACAUCCAUACAUUCGUUUCAUCAUGUGGACAGUGAUAGCAUAAGCCACGACGAGGACAGUAAUGCUGUAGAUAAUAAUAUUGUAGAUAAUAUUGCAGAGAAAGAUCCGAUUGACUGUUCUCAAAUCGAAGAGAAGAUUAAGACUGAUCAUCAGCAUCAGGAGGCGCGCGCGACAGUGUGCGAAAAUAAUGAAAAAGUUCAGGAAUCGAGUAGUAGUAAUAGUUAUACAUACCAGCAGUCAGUGAUAACUGAACACGUUAGUUCAUUCCCUGUGAUGCACUCGCAGCCACCCGUCUUGAUGCAAGAGUCAUAUUCCGCGACGAGUAAGACGCAAAAUCUCUUAAACUUGUCGGAAUCGAUUAAUCCUACAACCAGCACUGAAUCCAAGAGCUUUCAUUCUACCAAAUCUACGUUGAUGCCGAAGCAAUCGAUGGAAUUGCUCAACAUAAAUGAGGAUGCUCAUGCCGGACCGAUAAACGUCUUUGAAUUUGAAGGACUACAAAUAUUAGUUCCUAGUACAUUUAUAAGCGAUUCGUCUCAGAAAGCGGUUAGUGCGACCAGUCAGCAGUCCAUGGCAAGUAGCGAGGGUGCAAUAGGUAUCGAUGAGGAAGUCAAGAGUAUUAAUAUGCGUGCCGAUGAGACCAUGCCGCCUAGAGGUGAACUGUCCGAACAAGAGAGCAAUGGAUGCACAGAGCCGUCUGCAUGGCAGCUGUACAUGGGUCAAGAAUCUUCGCGCAUGUCCACCUCUUACGAUCUGUUGGCACGAGAAAGCUGGGAGGAAUCAGAAGGAUCUGACAACGAGAUUAGUGGCCCGUUGUUGGAUAGUAGAUCGUUGGCCACGCACUUCACUUCGAGUCUGUUUCUGGAUCGAGAUCGGGAGACACCGACCAAACGGACGUUCAAGUGUUCUCACUGUAACGAGGUAUUCGAUUGUCCAAAAGAGCGCAGAGUUCAUAGUACAACAGUACAUAAGGAGGCAGUGCCCAGUAGCAGCAGAGAUCAAUUGGAUCAGCCGGAGAUGAAGGACAUCAAGUUGCUGGACAAUCGUGUGAAUGUGUUCGACGAUAUAUUUGUGCCGGGUCUGCACAUGCAACAGAUGUACCAUCAUCAACAGCCGCUCCUGCAUCAGCUACAGCCACCACCGUCGCAGCCUGGAGCGGAUGGUUUGACCAAGGCUGAAGGCGAUCAAAAGAUUGGCGAGAAUCUGGUGAUACCAUCGAGCAUCGAGGUGACCUGCGCGAUAUGCAGCCAACGAUUUAGCAGUGAAAAAUCUCUACAGAUACAUCAUCGGCGUAUGCAUUUAGCUGAGGUAAACAAACGCAUACGCGAGAACGCCAAGUGCCAGAUAUGCAACGAGGAGUUCCCGUCAGUGUUAUUGUUCAACGCUCACCUGAAGAUACACCCGUUGGAAUGCGGACAGUGCGGUAAGUAUUUUUACCGGAAGCAAAAUUUCAAGCUGCAUAUGAAACGGCACUUGGGCAUCAAACCGUUUCCGUGCACUGUGUGCGACAAGGCGUUCCUCACCAAGCAAAAACUGGACGAACAUACCAACGGCCACACUGGCAACGCGCCCGUCAAAUGUAGCUUGUGCAACGAGACUUUCCGCAGGUAUUCGAAUUUGACCCAGCACAAAAACCGGCAUCACCUCAACAUCAAGAAAAAACUCAAAGACUAUAUAUGCCACUGCGGCGAAGUGUUUCACACGAAGAAGAAGCUCGCCUGGCACAAAGAGACGCACGACGAGAAACCCAAAGCAUGCACGUAUUGCAAUGAGCGAUUCAUUCACAUGGCCAGUCUGACGCGUCAUAUGCGUCGUGCCCACAAUCGCCGAUUCGUUCCUGAUGCGCAGCGCGAAAGCGAGAACGUCGAGUGUCCUAUUUGCAAGUGUAUCUAUUUACGAUCGUCGUUGGCGGUGCACAUGCGCGUGCACAACGGCGAACGGCCGUACGAGUGUCAGGUAUGCUCCAAGGCGUUCAGCACCAAGUGGAAUCUACAGUUGCACAAGUGGACGCAUGCGGCACGCAGCACCAAGCCGUUCAAGUGUAAUCAGUGCAGCGCGGCCUUUUAUCGUCACAGCGACUACACGGCGCACAUGAAUUCCCACCGUAACGUGCGUCCGUACACGUGCAACUAUUGCGGCGCGCAGUUCAUCCGCAAGUACAACUGUCUGCGACAUGUCAAGGAGCACGAGGAAAACAAGGCGUACACGUGCGACGUAUGCAACAAGACCUUCCAUCGCUCCUACUAUCUCAAGGAGCAUCUGCGGGUGCACUCGGGCGCGCGACCGUACACGUGUCACAUAUGCGGCAAGUCCAGCGGCACCAAGUCCAAUCACAACAAGCACGUGCGAAUCCAUCACGCGCGCGAGCCUGUAAAUACCGAAAAUUAAAUAAGGAUCGUCUACUACACACACUUUUUUUUUUAUCGCAGUCGCGAGACGAAUUGGACAAUCCGGUCCCGAGUUUGCCCCGCGCGCUGUACUUAUGCGCGAAAUUUAAUAGCAAGUGUUCAGAGACUGGGAUUAUAUUUUUACGCUUUAAUCGAGUAUCGAGAUCUCGAUUUAAUAUCUCGGCAAGCUCGGUUUUCGACGCUGCGGACACUGUUUCGUGCCCGUGCACGCACGAAACACUCUAAAUAUAUAUUAACUAAACUCGUCUCGAGAAAUUACAAAACGACGCCAGCAUUGAAUCUGGUUUCAUCUUAACUUGGCACGGCAUGAAUCCCCAGGAACAUGUUUGCUAACUGAUUUGCUAGCGAUUUUUGCUGUCCUUUCUCUAUAUUAUAGCUACAAUUACUCGGGACUAAAGAAUUUAGUUAAUUGUAAGAUUAUUUAGCACGGAUCGACGCAUGACGUCGAUCGUUUUAUUGUACUCGAUCUGAGUACUCGUUCGCGUAACUCACACACAGAGGGACAUGUAACGAAUAUGUGUGCGAUUGUACCGCGUACAUGCGCCGAUGACAAUGAUGGGAUUAAAUCACGUUAAAAGUGAAGCAGUGAGUCUACUAUCAUGACUUAUUCGAUUUCAUAUAAGUGUAUACAUAUGUACACAUUUUUAAAUAUUACAUACAUAUUUUUAAAUAUUAUUACUAAAAAACAUAGAGAACGAUGAGUGAAAAAGAACUGAUUUUUGUUUAAAAAGUAUAAUAUAAAUUAUAUAUGUAAUGUUAUGUUUUUUGAAUCGCUAAAUACGAUAGUAAUAUUUUUAUCUUUCUAAAGUGGUGGAAAAUAUUGAAAAUGAUUAAAAUUCGCAGAAGAGAGAUCAAAAUCAAGUUACUUUUUUUUUAAAUAAUUAACGACAUAUAUGUUCCAAUUAUUUAAUUAUUUAUCACUUUAUUUCUUUAUUGAAAAAGAAACACUAAACAAAUACUUAAAAGUUAAAAAAUUUUAAUAUUUGAAAUGCCAAAUUAAAAAAAAAGAAAGUUUAAUUUAGAUAAGAAUGAAAGUUAUUUAUUUAGAAUGUCAAAGGCACACGCAUGAUAGAAUUAACAAUGAUUUUAUAUAUAUCGCAAUGCUUAAAAUGUCUUAUUAUAAGACAAUUUUGGAUAAAUAAAAAAAGACAAUAAAUAAAUCAACAAGAUUAAGAAGCAUUAUUGAGGUCCAAUUUUGAGAUGUUUUUUUUAAUAUUUAAUGGAAAAAAGUUGUAAGAAAAUAAACUUUAAUAAUUAAAUAAUUGGAACAAAUUUAUUAUUAAUUAUCAUUAAGAAAAACUUGCUCGACACUUUUAGGGCGAAUUUUUUUAUUAAUAUUUAGAUGAAUGAAAAUAUUAUUAUUGUGUAUUCAAUGACUCGAAAAACAUACCCUUAACACAUGACUAAUUAAACUAUAUUUAAAAAUUUUUGUAUGGACAUAUACACUUAUAAAAUCAAAUAAAAAUCUUUGUAGUUUAUCCAGUGCUUCAGACUCAAUGAUGACUUAAUCCCAUUAAUGCCGUCGACGCGUAUAUAUAACAUUCUUUCAAUAAGAAAAUUGAUUAUCUUUAUUAAUUUUUAUUUGUCAUAUUGAUUUUGCCCAUCGUCUUUUUUAUAUAUCCGAAAGUGUCUUACAGUAACACACUUUAAGCAUUGCCAUACGCGUAGAAUAAAAAACGGAGGCGUUAUUAACUCUGUCAUCCGUGCAGUUUAAUUCUAGAUAAGUAACUUUUAUUAUAUCUAAAGUUUCCUUUUUCUUUUUUAUUGAAAUGCUGUUAUAUAUCAUUAAUUUUUUGUUAUUGACUGCGAGAUAUCUUUAUUUCUAAGAAAUUCAUCGCUACAUUAUUUGAUAUGUGCAUGAUAAAGUGUAUGAUGAUUAAAUUACUUUAAUAUGUGAUUUAGUUUAAUUUGAUGGAAAGCACUUUAAUCCUUAGAUAUCCAAAUAUUUAAAAAUAUUAUAUGUAUCAUGCAAGGUAUUCUAAAGAUAAAAAUUUUGUCAUUUCAUAAUAUUUGAUUCUAUUUAAUUUUGUUAUUUUAUAAUAAUUUUGAAAUUGAAAACGUGGAUACAUUUGUACAUACAUUAAUUCUGUUAUCGGCUAUGUGUGUUGCAUGUUGCAUAAUUGUUUUAUUUAUUUGUUAAUUUAAAGGAAAAUAAAUACAAAUAUUUGUAUUUCAGGAUUAACAAAUUAUAUAAGAUGAUUUAAAGAUUUUUUUUAUAUUCUAUAUUAAAAAGAAAUUAUAUAUUGAAAUUAGCAUAUUAAAUUUCAAACAAAUUUUAUGUUUAUUACAAUUAGUUCUUUUUUGUUUUAUUUCUUUUCGUGCUUAAAAAAGAAAACAUGAUCCCGCAAAGAUAUCUAAGGAUUAAACAGAGAGAGAGAGAGAAAUUGUUGUUUAUAUAUUCGUAUUAUCAAGCAAUCUUGAUUAUACAGGGUUGGGAUUUUAUUAUGUUACGUGCUAUGUUUGUGAACAUUUGCAUGCUGUGUAGGUCCAGUGACUUGAGACUUUCAUUAUCCUAAGCUAAUAACAAAUUUUUAAUAAAGAUAAACUAUUAUAAUAUAUGUCACAAAAAAAUUCUUGAAUAGUUCUUGCGAAGGAGAAACUACGCAAUGAAGAAACACGUUUGCCAACUAAUAGUAUAAUUAUUAUAUAAAGCUAAUUAAUCCAAUUCAUACUUACAAAGAUAUGGAGCACUUUUACAUGUCGAUGGUUGUAAAAGUUUUUUUUUUACGAUAUCUAUUUUACAUAAAAAGUGUGCAGGUUCUUGCACAUUGUUUGCCUCUAUGUAAGUAUGAGAACAGCUCGUAUGGAUUGCGUUCAAUAUUCUAUGUAAGGGCCUAUGAACUAAUAUUAUGACUAUCGACUAUCACAUAAUAGUUACGUAUUUUUUAGUUGUUAUUCUUCUAUAUUUAUAUAUUUUGCAAUAUGUGUAUAAGGCCGUAUUUUUUAUUGGUUACUAUAAUUCCAAGACUGAUCGGUGUUGGUUCGUCAUAUAUUGCUCUCUAAUACAAAUCAAAAUAGUUACAUUUCUCAGUUUUAGUUUGAUAUGUUAAUGUUUUUGUUGCAACAAGCAAUAAUAUUGUUCCUUGAAAAAUAGGAUGUAAAUCCAAAAAGAAUCAUAAAUUCACUCUUUUAAGGUAUAUCUCUCAAAGAAAUAUUUUACCACAAGUUUUGUUACAUUAAAUUUCAUAUAAAAAUUUGUGUGUGAAAUAAUAGGGAGAUGUUUCUUGAUUUAAAUAUGCAUAAUAUUUAUAUGUGAAACUAUAUUAAGCUUUUUACUGCAAAAACUAUAUUAAUUUUUUAAAUAUAUUAUGUUAUUACAUUAUUAUUUAAGCAAGUUUUAAAGUUUAUUAUAUUAGUCACAUAUGAAAAAACUCAACAAAAUCGAAUAUUUUGGAUUUACUUUCUUCUGAUUCUCACUGCGAUUAGCAUAUAAAAAAAUCAUAUGCUACUAA